UUGCGGCCGCCCGCCGGGGCAGGAGGACGCCUUUGGCUGCGGCACCGCCGGUCCCCGCCGCCGGGCUGCACCGGGCCUCACCGCCGGCAUGGAGGUGCUGGCCGCGGAGCUGGGCGCCCUCACCACGGAGCAGGCGGCGGCUCCGGUGAACACGGUGGAGGAAAAAUGGAGACUUCUUCCAGCAUUUCUAAAGGUGAAAGGACUUGUGAAGCAGCACAUAGACUCAUUCAACUAUUUCAUCAAUGUAGAGAUAAAGAAAAUCAUGAAAGCUAAUGAAAAAGUUACAAGUGAUGCUGACCCAAUGUGGUACUUGAAGUACCUCAAUAUCUAUGUGGGUACUCCAGAUGUGGAAGAAAGCUUCAAUGUGACACGACCUGUAUCACCUCAUGAGUGUCGCCUGAGAGACAUGACUUACUCUGCCCCGAUUACAGUGGACAUUGAAUAUACGCGCGGUAGCCAGAGGAUCAUACGCAAUGCAUUACCCAUUGGCAGAAUGCCUAUCAUGCUGCGUAGCUCCAAUUGUGUUCUUACUGGGAAAACUCCAGCAGAAUUUGCAAAACUUAACGAAUGUCCCUUAGAUCCAGGUGGCUAUUUCAUUGUUAAAGGUGUAGAGAAAGUCAUUCUUAUUCAAGAGCAGUUAUCCAAAAACAGAAUCAUUGUGGAAGCUGAUAGAAAAGGCACAGUUGGUGCUUCUGUUACCAGUUCCACUCAUGAGAAGAAGAGCAGAACAAAUAUGAUUGUGAAACAGGGAAGAUUUUAUCUGAGGCAUAACACUCUGUCUGAAGAUAUUCCCAUUGCUAUCAUAUUUAAGGCCAUGGGUGUUGAAAGUGACCAAGAGAUUGUACAGAUGAUUGGCACAGAGGAACAUGUGAUGGCUGCAUUUGCUCCUAGUCUGGAAGAAUGCCAAAAAGCUCAGAUUUUUACACAGAUGCAGGCAUUGAAGUAUAUUGGAAACAAAGUACGAAGGCAAAGGAUGUGGGGAGGCCCAAAGAAAACAAAGAUGGAAGAAGCACGAGAGCUGCUAGCAUCAACUAUUCUGACCCAUGUUCUUGUGAAGGAAUUCAACUUUCGUGCCAAAUGCAUAUACACAGCAGUGAUGGUGCGCAGAGUAAUUCUAGCUCAAGGAGAAAAUAAAGUAGAUGACAGAGACUACUAUGGAAAUAAACGUUUGGAGUUGGCAGGGCAGCUUCUUUCUCUUCUAUUUGAAGAUUUGUUCAAGAAAUUUAACUCUGAACUGAAAAAGAUUGCUGACCAGGUGAUCCCCAAGCAACGUGCAGCUCAGUUUGAUGUAGUGAAGCAUAUGCGUCAAGAUCAGAUCACUAAUGGCAUGGUAAAUGCUAUCUCCACAGGAAAUUGGUCUCUGAAGAGAUUCAAAAUGGACCGCCAAGGUGUGACACAAGUACUGUCCCGCUUGUCUUAUAUAUCUGCUCUGGGCAUGAUGACCAGAAUCUCUUCUCAGUUCGAAAAGACAAGGAAAGUGAGCGGCCCUCGAUCACUACAGCCAUCUCAGUGGGGAAUGCUCUGCCCAUCUGACACUCCUGAAGGGGAGGCUUGUGGUUUGGUUAAAAACCUUGCCCUCAUGACUCACAUUACUACAGAUAUGGAAGACGGCCCAAUUAUUAAAUUAGCCAGUAAUCUUGGAGUUGAAGAUGUCAACUUGCUCUGUGGUGAAGAGCUUUCAUAUCCAAAUGUGUUCCUUGUUUUCCUUAAUGGUAACAUCCUUGGUGUCAUACGUGAUCAUCAAAAACUGGUCAACACAUUUCGAAUAAUGCGUCGAGCAGGUUAUAUCAAUGAGUUUGUUUCCAUCUCUACAAAUCUUUCUGACAGAUGUGUGUACAUUUCCUCUGAUGGAGGGAGGUUGUGCAGACCCUAUAUAAUAGUAAAGAAGCAAAAACCUGCAGUAACAAACAAGCAUAUGGAAGAACUGGCUCAGGGUUACAGGAAUUUUGAAGACUUUUUGCAUGAAGGUCUUGUUGAAUAUUUGGAUGUGAAUGAAGAAAAUGACUGUAACAUUGCACUAUAUGAACAUACAAUUAAUAAAGAUACAACACAUUUGGAGAUUGAACCUUUCACGCUUCUUGGUGUCUGCGCUGGUCUGAUUCCGUAUCCUCACCACAACCAGUCCCCGAGAAACACCUACCAGUGUGCCAUGGGGAAACAAGCAAUGGGUACUAUUGGAUACAAUCAAAGAAACAGGAUAGAUACUCUUAUGUAUCUUCUAGCCUAUCCCCAAAAGCCAAUGGUAAAAACAAAAACAAUCGAACUGAUAGAUUUUGAGAAAUUGCCUGCUGGACAGAAUGCCACAGUUGCUGUCAUGAGCUACAGUGGUUACGAUAUUGAAGAUGCUCUCGUCUUAAACAAGGCCUCUUUGGACAGAGGUUUUGGCAGGUGUCUCGUAUACAAGAAUGCGAAGUGUACACUGAAGCGUUACACAAAUCAGACGUUUGAUAAAGUAAUGGGUCCGAUGUUGGAUGCAGCUACCCGUAAACCAAUCUGGCGUCACGAAAUUUUAGAUGCUGAUGGUAUCUGCUCUCCUGGUGAAAAAGUAGAAAACAAGCAAGUCCUUGUGAACAAGUCUAUGCCAACUGUGACUCAGACACCUCUGGAAGGAAGCAGUGUGCCUCAGCAGCCACAGUACAAAGAUGUGCCAGUGACCUAUAAAGGUGCAACUGAUUCUUAUAUUGAAAAAGUAAUGAUUUCAUCAAAUGCAGAGGAUGCUUUCUUGAUCAAAAUGUUGUUGAGGCAAACUAGACGUCCGGAAAUUGGAGAUAAAUUUAGCAGUCGUCAUGGGCAGAAAGGGGUGUGCGGACUGAUUGUUCCUCAAGAGGACAUGCCAUUCUGCGAUACAGGAAUCUGUCCAGAUAUCAUAAUGAACCCUCAUGGCUUCCCAUCGCGUAUGACGGUAGGAAAGUUAAUUGAACUCCUGGCUGGAAAGGCUGGGGUCCUAGAUGGCAGGUUUCACUAUGGAACAGCUUUUGGAGGCAGUAAAGUUAAGGAUGUGUGUGAAGAUCUUAUUCGCCAUGGUUAUAACUACCUAGGGAAGGACUACGUAACAUCUGGUAUCACCGGGGAGCCUUUGGAAGCAUAUAUCUAUUUUGGCCCCGUGUAUUACCAGAAGCUAAAGCACAUGGUGUUGGAUAAAAUGCAUGCAAGAGCUCGAGGACCCAGAGCAGUGCUCACCAGGCAACCCACUGAAGGUCGAUCCCGUGAUGGUGGUUUACGUCUUGGAGAGAUGGAACGGGAUUGUUUGAUAGGUUAUGGAGCCAGCAUGCUCUUACUGGAGAGACUGAUGAUUUCAAGUGAUGCCUUUGAAGUGGAUGUUUGUGGGCAGUGUGGCUUGCUGGGAUACUCUGGCUGGUGCCACUACUGCAAGUCAUCGUGUCACGUGUCUUCUCUGCGGAUACCUUAUGCCUGUAAACUCUUAUUCCAAGAACUGCAGUCAAUGAAUAUCAUACCUAGGCUAAAACUAGCUAAGUACAAUGAAUGAACAAGAAAAAGAUGGAAAAAAAAGUACUUUACAUAAAUUGAAAUUCAGCAUAUAUAACUGGAAGAUUUUUUGGUGAACGGGAAUAACUGUAAAACCUGAGUGGGCAGAAGGUGGUGGAAGACAGUUGUAGGAAAUCUUUCUUGUGUAUUCUACCUGUUUUAAGCUGACAGGACACGCUGUCAGUAGAAUACUCUAGGAGCAGUUGUGAAAGCCUUGAUUAGUCUGAGUGACCAGAACAUGUGGGAACAGUGGAAUAAGGCACUGAUCCAGCACAGCACGUGUAUCCCUUUCAAAGAUGUAACAACACUAUGCCUGGUUUUGAAAAAUGCUUUGUAGGAUCAGGGCACGAGCUUGCCUAAGUGUACAUUUCAUUCAGAGAGGUUAAAAAUAUGUUUUCCAGACCAGUGGAAUAUGAAAGGCUAAUAAAUGUUUUAAAUAAUAGGGCCUGGAUUUGUGUUGAUGGUUGUGUGAGGAUGGUAACGCCUUCUUAUAACGUCUAAAUCAUUUUGCUAUUCCUAAAGCAUUUUGUUAAAGCAUUAAGUUGUAAGUACUGACAGGCUUAGAGAAAUGAAAGAACACUUCUUCAAGAACUUGAAAUUUGUCAUUUUGAGCAGGAUUUCAGCUGAACUUUCCUUUAUAAGAUCUAAGGGCUGAAGCUAAAGCAGGGCAUGAACCAAGAGUUCACUCAGAACAACCCUAACCUCCCAUAAGCCCCUACUCAGCAAAGCACAGGGUUAACUUAAGUACAGGAGUAGUCCCCCUGAUGUCAGGAUGAAGUGUGUGCAUGUUCAGGUGCUUCAGCAAAAUGCAGCACUCCAGGUCAGAGAGGGGGCAGAACACUGCUUUUGUUCUCAAAGUGCUGAGAUGGUCUUUGCCUUGUGUGUGCUGAUCCUGAAACUACUGUUGCAGUCAUGUUGCUGCUGUUCUCUUAGCUGGAUAAGAAGCACAGAUGAGUAUCAGCCUGAAAGACUUGCUUUCUAAGCUGCUGACAGAAUGCUUAAACUAGUAGUUUUGUUUAUUGGGUCACAAACCAAAUCUGAAAGGGUAGAUUUUACUCUCCAUUUUUUCUCAGCAAGACGAAAGACAACACAGCACAUUGGACUGGAAAAGCUCUUGAAGCACCUCUACCAAGAUCUGAACAGCUCGUGGUUAUUUACAGAGAGAGAGAACAGAAUGAUAUACACACAGAACAGCCCUUCGCAAACUACUGGAGGAAGAGAUUAACCAAAAGCCCCAACCAAAUUAACAAACUGCUUUGCUCCCUGAGACUGCCAAAUUGAGGCUUGGGUGCACCACCAGAGGGAGUGAGCCUCACAGGCUUCAGCCUGCUGGUGGGGGAAGUUUUGAUCUGGAUCAAGGAAACUACUCUGAGGGUGAGGUGUUCUUGCUGGCUCAUCCUCGCUUAGGCGGUGUCCUCGGUUAGAUGGUCUGAGCUAGAGGGCAUUAAAGAAUGAGCAGCGUGCACAACUCCACCUGCAGAAAUUUAACAAGAGAUAAAGAGGAGGAGCAAAGGAGCAUGGCCACUUGUAACCCUGUUGAGAGACCAGGUCUAUGCGCAGCCCUGAAGUGGGUAACCCUGCAGAUGUUUUAUCUCAAGCUGGUGAAAGCAGCUUGGGAAUAGUUUUUGGGGUAGAUUUUGUGAGGGUGAAGGAAAUCCUCUGUGGUACUUGAAGUUUAGGAAGAAAGGGGCGACUUUAGCAGUGGUGGGUCCAGCAGAACUUAGAAACUAGACAUGCCUGGGGGUGAGUGAGGGUCAUUCACUGUGAAUUUUUCUGGUGAUACCCGAAUUAGUUUCACUUACGUUAUCGCUGUCUUACAUAAGCCUGUGAAUACACAGGAGGCUUAUACGCAUGCAGGUUUGAGCUGAAAUUCUAAUUUUUACUUCUUGCCUAUCUUGAAGAGGCUGUCUGUGUCCCUUCACAAGACACUUGCAAGUAACCUCUUGGCAGUGGAAUAAGCAUUACAAAAUCGGCAGCAAAAACUGAACAAACAGCUACGGAUUCCUGGAAUAUGGUGAUCAAAGUGGCGAUUCAAGGAAGGAAUCCUACUGCAGCCAGGAAAAGCUGUGACGCAGGGACUAAUGGAGUAAAAUACAUCCUCAGAACCCCACAGCUGUCACACAGCUUUCCGCUGGUGAGCCUCAUCUUUGCAAUCCUUUCAAUUAUCUUCCUAGCCACCCUCCCCUCCCCCCUUUUUAUACAGUGAAUGCCUUCACAAAGAGGUCUCAUGCCAGCUAAGGGCUGUACUGCCGUAACUAGACUUCCCCAGAUCUACCCUGCCAUGAAAGAGAGAUUAGCUGAAAGAGAGAGAGUAUUCGGAAAAAUUUAACUAAAUCCUAAGGUGUUAGCACAAGGAGCUGGGAGUAGAAAACCACCAUAAAGUUUUUGUUCCAUUGCAACUUCUUUAUCUUGCUAGUUAGUGCCCAGGAGAGGCUUUCUACCAAAAUUGCUAUUCGACAUGAAGAUCACUAGCAGUAGUCCCAGCUGAAAUGCAGAACACAACCCACUUUCUCAGAUAAGCCUGAGGUAUGUGCUUCUGCUGGAAGAGAUAUCUAACUCCAUAUAUUGUAGGUUACCUUUCACUUUGCAGGUAAAGAAUCUGAUGCUAUUAAAUAGUAGAAGUAGUUUCAGGCCUAGAAUUCGGUAAUUAAGUCUAUUAUUUCACUGCAAAACACAGAUGUUAAUGAAAAGCCUUCAAACACCAUCCAUGUCUAACUGUACUGUUCUUUGCGAGAAGCAGAAUCAAGCCACGGAUGGGCUGCAAGAAUGCAACGGGGCAGAACAAAAGCCAGGUCUUUUAGCCGUUUCUGGAGCUGUGGGUAAGGUAGAUCACUUGUUCAGAAUGCAGAAGAACAGCCUCACUUAGUCAUUUACAUUUAAAAGCUUUUGACUUUUUUUUUUUUAAGGUAAAUGUUUCCAAACAUGGAAACAAGAAAAGAAAACUAUAAAGGAAAAUGAAACCAGACUGGCCCGUUUGGGGAUUCAAAGAGGUUAUAAUAUGAAAUAUGGGCAUACUGGGAUUUAAUAAUUUUAAGAUGUAGAAAAUAAAAGGGCUACUACU